AUGCCAAGAACCAAGAAAGAAUUUCCCGAACUAGUCAGCGAGUUCGGAGAAGACGUGUUUUCGUGCAAUGAGACGGCAGUCAUCUGCAAAGCCUGUUCCAAGCCUUUCCCAGGCGCCCGGCGCUUCAAUUUGAGCCAGCAUAUCGGGACGAGCUCGCAUCAGAAAGCUCUCGAACGCUUGCGGAAAAGACAGGAAGAAGAGGCUAGACUACAGGCUGCUACGUGCAUGUCUGAUGUAGCGCCCUUCCCGCUGGAUUUGUGCAGGGCGUUGCUGGCCGCGGAUAUACCCGUUUACAAGCUGGAGAAUCCGACUCUCAAGAACUUCUUGGAGACUUACACGACUAGAAUAAUCCCGAACGAGUCGACUCUUCGUAAGUUCUAUGUUCACGAAAUCUACGAGCAGAAAAUGGCGGAAAUUCGAGAGAGCAUUGGCGAAUCCGCGAUCUGGAUUUCUAUCGACGAAACAACUGAUUUCAUGGGUAGGAGCGUAGCCCAUGUCAUCAUUGGAGCCCUCAACAACAACGCGCCCGGCCGCCCGUAUAUCAUGAAUUGUGAAAUUGUGGAGAGAACCAACGCGCACACCGUAGCGACAGUCUUCUACAAAAGCGUGGAGAAACUCUGGCAGAAUGAGGUGCGACACGAGAAAGUCCUACUGUUCGUAAGCGAUGCAGCUCCGUACAUGAUCGCAGCCGGGAAGAGCCUCAAGGUGUUUUUUCCUAACAUGAUUCAUGUCACAUGCGUCGCGCACGCAUUACACCGAGUCGCGGAGCAAGCAAGGAAAAUUUUUCCCAAUGUCGACCGAUUGAUUGCAUCGGUGAAGAAAAUUUUUCUAAAGGCUCCGUUGCGUGUGGAAGCUUUCCGUAGUAUGCUGGGCGGCAUUCCCCUCCCGCCGCAACCCGUAGUGACACGUUGGGGGACCUGGAUAAAUGCGGCCCUGUACUACGGCGAACACUUCGAACCGCUGAAAAACUUCGUCAGGUCACACUUAGAUUCCGAAGACUCGACGGCGAUCGGCGAAGCUCAACACUUGUUCGGACUAGAAUCUAUCCGGAACGAUUUGGUCUGA